UUGAAUGAAUGUUAGAACUCUUAGAACCAAGAAAGAAAGUCCAAAAUAGUCUUUCUUUAGGUUAAUUUGUUGUAGAUACAAUUUAUAGAAAAUGAAUAGUCAAUUGUUAAAUUUGUCGGUUUACUUAUUCUUAAGGAAUUCACGUUAAUUACAUUAUCUAAUUUAAACAUUAUCAAUGAAGUUUACCUUUUUUUUGAUAAAUAUCAUAACCGCGGGAAAACUGUGCAACGUUUGACUACCUUAAUGGCCGCUGAAGCGCCAGUGUUAGAGUUUGAUUUAACUUAUAAAUAUUGAAAUUUAAUUAUGUUAUUACCGUGUUGUGUGUGAAUUAUUAAGACAAUACUUGAGAUGGACAUCAAGGCUGAGGUCUCAAAACAACUGUCACUAAUAGACGAACUCCUAAGGGACCUUGACAAAACGAUUACACCAUGUGCAAGUAAAAAGAAUGAAAAAAAAGAAGAAGAAACACAGGAUGCAAUGCCAGACUCAACAACUAGCACCGAGAAAAACAAUGCUAACCCAUUCCACUGCGGAGAUGAUGUACUUGUGGCCAAUAAGGAUGGAAGAUAUUAUUUAGGAACAAUAAUAGAGUUAAGUACGAGUAAUGACAACGACUUGUGUGAGGUGGGCGCAAGCGUGGCCCGAUGCUUAGUCAAGUUCGGCGACGGCACGCACUCAUGGGCGCCAGUGUCGUCGCUAAAGCUGCUCAGCGUACCGCCCGCCGAUGACGGUCGCAUCAUGUGCGUGGUGUGCAAGCGACGCGAGGGGCCUGCCACUGGACCGGCCACCAACGCUAUCAUCGCGUGCGACAUGUGUGGCAGGGGCUACCACGCCAAAUGUCACUCGCCCCCCGUCGAUGCCUGGAUCAAUGGUGCAUCAUGGCAUUGUAAAAGGUGUGUUGACCAAAGAUACAGAGUAGCAGCAGCAGAAAACCGGGCAUUGAAACGCUCAGAUCUAUUCAGGUUCAAAGGAGGACAACAACGAAGGCAACAGCAGGAGCUCACUCCACCUUGUGAUACUGCAUCCACUACUUCAUCAACCGCAUCUGAAGCUGGAAAAGAUCAAAAUGAAGCACAUUGUUAUUGUGGCGAAAAGAGUGAUUGGCUUGCUCAGAUGUUGCUGUGCUGUCGUUGCAGCCGUUGGUUUCACCAAAGAUGUGUUUCAAGUCUACAAUAUCCUCUCUAUGCAGGAGAUAAGUUGUAUAUAUUCGCUUGUGCUAGCUGUAACGGUGGUUCGGAGUAUCUACGGCGGCUCGAGUUAUGCUGGCUGGACCUGGCGCAUCUUGCGCUAUACAACCUCACCGCCUACAACGCGCCCAACUACUUUGAUCUCGAUAAUGUAAUCAUGCCGUACAUUAUGGACAACUGGCACGCCCUGCAGUUACCCGAGAAAAUGUGGCGAACUCCCGUAAAUGAACGACGGGAGAAAAUUCUAACAGCACUCACUUCGUCUCGAAAAAGAUUCAAAUGUGGUCGAGAGAUGAAAAAACGAGCUACAAUCUGGGGUCUCCGUCUCCGUCGACCUCCACCACCUCCGAUGCAACUUUCAGCUUUAGAACAGAUAAAGAAGGGAGAACCAUUGACGGACGACUUGGUGCAACAACACGCUCCCAGACUCCGGUUUCUACCUCGUGCUCCUACACCGAAAUCUGUUGUUGAUGAUAGUUCUCAGCCCUCUAGCAGCAAUCCUGUAAAAUGUUCCUAUAAAAGUAACCAUCAACGAAUGAUUGUUCCCGUUGAUGGCCACUGGUUAAAUUUAAUGAUGGGCAAACGGUUCCAUGAGAACCUUAACUCAAACUCAAAUUCAGAAAACGAUUCUGCCAGUUCCUACGAGUCCAUCAAGCUUAUUGAGGCUGAUGAACAAAACUCACCGUCCGUGUCUACAACUAAUAGAAAAUCUGAAGCCAAAGUUGAUAAUGUAGAAAAUAUAAAAGAAACCCGAUCCAAUGAUAAACUAAGCUAUGAAGAAGACCCUCCGAUAUCAGUGCCAUCAGUAGUUCCGUGUUCAGUAAAGUUAGAUAAAAUAUCCAAAGAGAAUGUUGAUCAGACUAGUAUCUCUAAAAGUGAAGAAACUCAUUUAAAUUACAAUGCCCAUACAACAAGAAUAGCUACAAUGAAUUUGGAAGUAUCCAAGCUGUCCACAAAAAACAUAAUUGAACAUUCCAAAAUAAUGUCACUGCAACAUAUGGAAACUGUACCAUCAUACACUAGCUUUAACCAUGACCUAGAAUCGUCUGGAGAUGAAACUUCAAGUAGAGGAACUUUGGAUGCUAUUAUACCGCCCCUGAAGAAUUUUCAGGGAAGAAAUAAUCCUUUUUUGAUGCAAAAUACAUCAUCAAAAAAACCAUUUUCGUCAAUGACGAAUAUUUACCUUAAACCAAAUAAAAAAGUGAACAAUUUUCACUCAAGGUUUUCUUUGCCAGUACUGUUCAAUCCCACAAUGGGACCAUUAAUAAGACCUACGAAAAGAAAACUUAGUGAAAAGGAUAUUGUUAUUGGACCAAAUGGAGAGGUGAAGCGAAGAAAAUAUCGACGACCAAGAAAGUAUUUACAAAUGCAGUUAAACAAAUCAUGCCCCCUGCCUGAUGACAGUAAUAAGACUGCACCAACGCCGAUGCCAACAGACAAUGUCGAAGCACCAUCUCAAACAGGGCACAUCAAUAACGUGAAAUUUCACGGUAGAAGACUGAGACAAAGACAGGAAAAAAACUAUUACGAGAAUGCUAGACGGAACACGAAUAGUAAUAACACGGGUAAUAACAACAGUGUGAAAAGUCUGCAGCUGAGCCCUCACAAAUCGAACAGUAGUGCAAAUGAAGUGAACGCUGAACAAUUAUCUGCUCUGAAGUCGAGUGUCCAGUCAUACUUCCGCGCAGAGCAGACUUUCCGUGUACUGGCCAGACGACUCUGUCCGGGCGCGCCUCCUGCCUACCUCAUUGAAUGGGACUCCAACACAUCAUAAAACUAUAAUAUAUAAAUAUAUAUAUGUGGCUCAAUUGAUUGUAUGUCUAUUGUAAUAAAAUUAUUUUUCUCUUUUGGAAAACUGAUCUGUUAUCUAUGUUACAUUAAUUGUUGUGCUGCUUAUUUAAGGUACGUAGUCGCGUGGAAAAUGUCUGUCUACACGUGUAUGUACUCAUUAUUGAAAGACUGCUACGGCGUAGUCAAAUUAAGUAUGAUGACGAUUACAUUUGUGAGCAAGUGAAUAUGACUUGUUUUUAAUAUGUGUAAAUGGGUUUUACAUGAAUUUAUUUAAAUGUCUAUACAUGUAAUGUAUGUAAUAGUUUUUUGUCUGUAGUGUAGUUGUACAGUUAUAUCAAGGAAUGUGAUAUAUAUUAUUGUUCCAUCUGGA